CCAAGUAGGGCAAGUGGCUGAGGCUAAGGACUGCAAUUCCAUCGAGCCUAGUUCAUUUCAGGCAUCCGCUCAGUGCACAGACGGGACAAGGAGAACAGUUUCAGCGCUGACUAUUUGUCAAAGCCCCCCCCCACAAAAAAAAGAAUAGUCUGAAGUGAAAAUGGUCAAAUACAUGCGACAGCACGGCGAGCUGAAACCCGAAGAGGUCCUGUCGGAGUCUGAUGCAUCCAUGGACCAGCAGGAUUUCGGAGAGAUGUCCGACUAUUCUUUCAGCGACGUUUUAUACUCCAAAUGUUCCGCAAUGGACCAAAUCAGCACUUUUAUGAAGAACGUGCAAGUGCUGCUCGAUGCAGCAAAUUACCUAGAAAAUAUCGAGAAGAACAGCGGAAAAUGUGAGCACGGCUAUGCUUCCACAUAUCCUGCAGGCCAAACAGCACAUCAACAGAAACAACGUAAAUUGAAGAACAGAAAAUUUGAUAAUAUUCUCAAUCGAUCAGCACACAAUGAACUGGAAAAAAAUAGAAGAGCACAUCUCCGCCUGUGUUUAGAGAAGUUGAAGUCACUGAUCCCUCUGGGACCAGACUGCAGUCGGCACACCACCACACUGGGACUGCUCAACAAGGCCAAAGCACAUAUCAAGAAACUUGAAGAAACAGACCGGAGGAGUCAGCACCAGCUGGAGAACUUAGAGAGGGAGCAAAGGCACCUUCAAAGGCAGCUAGCCCAGCUGCAGACUCAUGGAGAGAGGGAGCGGGUCCGUACGGACAGCCUGGGCUCCCGCACCGACUCUGACCACUCAGAGUCUGACAGAGAGGAGAUUGAAGUUGAUGUGGAAAGCACUGAGUUCUCCCAUGGAGAAAUGGACAGUGUAAGCACCAGUGGUGCCAGUGACCUAGAUGACCACAGCAGCCGGCAGAGCACAGCCAGCGAUGAGGGCUACUCCACCUGCAGUAUAAAACUGGCCUUCUCUACUUGAACCACCAGCCUAUACUUCACUUAAGCUGCAGUCUCUUAUGGCUUUCACCUUUUAAAAUACCAGCCUACAGCUCCAUUCUCCCUUGCAGUUUAGGUUAAUCGUCUUCAAAAGAACCAGCCUCAAUCCCAGCUAUACCUGUCAAAUCAAAGGUCUAUUCCAACCCCAGAACCAGCCUUAAGUUCAACUCAAUCUGUAAGUUGAAUAAAUGUCUCCUUCCAAGAGCCACAGAGCGCCAAUACAUCAUUUGAAACAUUCAACUAAAAAGCCUCAAAUUUAACUUCUCUGGCAGUAUUCAGUUUCCUGAAUUUCCGUAACCAAUCACCUGAAUGUCCCUGGAUACAUAACCAUUAUCUACUUUACCUGCUCUCAAUGAUGAUCCUGUAGACCCAUGGUCGCACCAGUGUCCAAAACUGAAGGGGAACCCCCCAACUUUAGUCAAGUUUAUCCUCUGAAACCAGCAAAAACACAAACACACCCAAUACCAGCUAGAAGCUCACCAUUGGGAAGGUUUGCUCCAUUUGCCUUGUAAAAACAUUGCCCUUUUUUUGGAUUAUUUAUCCAAAUGACACUUCUUGUCAGUGUGCAAGUCAGUGGCGAGGGCUACAAUGUCUGCAUUCCAAAAUGUUUAUUACACUUCUAUCACCUCUGCUUUAGGACCCACAACCAUAACUGAUUAAUGUGGCGUCCCCUUCUCUUGACUGAAAAACAGUCGUAUCCAAACGUGUGGUUAAGUCCACCCUUCUUAUUCUAAUUUAUUUUGCAUAUAGUUAUAGUAUUUAUUUUUGGUCUAUUUAAUUCUACUGUAGCUAGGUCUUGGUCAUGCUUGAAUGAAAAAAGAAAACGUUGCUGUUUAUUUCCUUCUUUUUUUUUUUUUUUUAAAUACGUUUACCAAAUUACUUGAUAUAAAAGUAAUCCCCACUGCUGCAAAUAUUUCUUAAUGGUAUUUUGUUGAAAGAAUGACAAAAAUCUCUUUCACACUGUGUGCAAAAUCCAUUUCGAUUUUAACAGUAAUAAGCUAUCCCACACUUGUCCAAGCACAAGGCUCAAGCAAUAACGCGUCGAUUUAUUCUAUCUUUAAUGUUGGCUGUUUAGCACUCUAUUGUCCGUCCAACACCAAACUGAUGUUUUGCUAAUUUUCCACUUGCUCCAGUAGUUAAUAAUCAGCUGUUUAAAUGAUUGUGAUUUCAAAAAACAACAACUAUGGUGCAUGUGUGUUGAAUGUAGCUUGUCUAAUCAUGUUGUAAUGUGCUUUGGAUUGACAAGUCUUUAAAAUUGUCUGUAGCAUGAACAACAUAAACACUACAGAACACUAAUUUUGGUUUAUACUUCAAUGUUUAAUACUGUAUCCUUUUUGUAUUGUAGCAGAAAGAGUCCAAGUUCAAAUCCUUGAAAUUUAAAGACUUUCACGUCCCAUUAGUAAUUCAAUGUAUAUUUGACACAUAGAAUUGCACUGGUGACAUGUUAAAAUCCAUUAAAACCAAAUAAGACAUUUCAAUAUGACCAUAUUUCAGUAUUUUUCUGGUCCAAGUCCUAAGUAAUCACCACCAAAUUGUGUCUUAACAUGGGUAUAUGACUCUUGCACAAAGUUCCUUGUUACAGGUCUUUUCACCCCCUGCCCCCCUUCCCCCAACCUUUUUUGGGAAUAUACAAAAUGCACUAUGAAAAAGACUUUUGUGAAGGAAGUAUGUCAAAGCACACCCCAGAAUGUUUUCUCUCGUGCUUAAUCAGCCAUCCAAGGUGACUUUUUUGCAAAACAUGUGCUGCUGGUCCCCUUCUAGUACUUUGUUACAGUUCCUGAUGACUGUCCCUGGAAUCUUAAUAAACCUCUACCACCCAGA